UAUUCAUGACUAGCUACACCUAUAUAUAAUUAUGUGUCACGCCUUGCCUGGGAAACAUUCCUAAUGUUCAUUGGCAGUAUAGCAAGGGGCAGAUAAUUUAUAGCCGAAGAAAGCUGCAGUGUACAAUAGAAGAUGGCAACAGGUCAGUACAAUAUUCGAUUUUCCGACGAACAAGCCCGUAAUAGUAGCUACAAUAGCAGCUACCCAACAGCCAGGCUUAACCCAAAUGGAAAUCAGUACAGAAACUUUUCAGUGCCAUUAAGCCAAGAUCAGUACAACCACGGCCCAUUUCCUGGCAUACGACCAUCGAACUACAACUGCAGCUACGCAACAGCAUCAACUAGCCCAAGUGGGAAUAAGCCAGUGUACACAAACUAUUCAGUACCCCAAUGCCAAGGCCAACAGGCUCCAAACCAAACAACACAAGGUCGAUGGAUAAACGAAGGACUACCUAGCCAGGGUAUUCCUUGGACCGAGCCUUUCCUUGAGCAAGACAAUUAUUUGGAGAACAACCAUAUACAGGAGAGCAUACCAUGCACAGUGAAGAAUGCCGACAAGAUUCUGUAUCACAUGAAAUUGAGGGAAUUGACCAUGAACAACAGCAAACAGGCGACUACAAAGAAAAAGAGGGCCAAACUGACCUGGCUGCUCCACAACAGGAUCAACGGUCCAAAAUUUUCUCCCAAGUGCUGGCUAUAAUCGUGGAGCCCAGGGUGAUGAUAACUCAACACAGAAGCUACCACAAUGAAAUCAGUGGGGAGGAGGCAGAAAAAAGGCUCAAGGUUUUCGGCAAUCACCACUAUCUUACUCGCUACAGUGAAAAUAAGAAGUGUUACAUACUUUCUGUGUGCGCCAGUGAUGAAGACUUACAAUUUGAAAAGACAAAGCAUUUUCAACUCAAACUUUCUGAUCAGGGAAUCGAAAUUCAAGAAAAGAAACGAUUUGCAGACUUAGAAGAUAUGCUUAAAUAUUACGAAACCAACAGGCUCGACACAGCCCUCCCAAGAAUUGGAGUUUGCCUCACUGAGGACGACUACCGAGCAAGAGUCAGAGAGAUACGUGAGCAGCAAGUACAGCAAAAACAAGAACAAGAACAACGACAACAACAAGCACAGCUGCGGCAAAAAGAACAAGAACAACAAGAACAACAGCAACAGAAAGAACAGCAAGAACAACAGCAACAACAUGAACAAGGACAGGUGCAGCUACAACAACAACAAACACAAAUAAUGCAACAGCAGAUGCAACUACUACAAACACUACAACAACAAGUGCAGCAACAACAAGUGAAUGGUAAUCCAGCACCACAAGUACAGCCUAAAAGCAAAUGCACAAUAUUAUAGAUAAGAGUUAAUGUGAGCAGCAUGCAGACAGCACAUUUUUGUUAUAAGUAGACAGCACAUUACCUUUUUGUUAGACA